GACAUGGCAACAAGGUGGCGUCAUUAGAAACGUCCUCGCGCCUCGAUUAGGAGUAUACCUCCCAAUAAAGUGAAGAAUAAAUACUGCAGAUAUCUGCUCUUCUUUAUCAGUAUCUUUAUAGCAAUCUGGGUAGGGUGGUUAAGUAUGAAUUACAGCAAGAAAACGCUGAUUUCAGACUGGCACAAACACAUAGAGGCAGAACCAAAAGACUAUGAUAUCUCUGCAUGUGGUGAUGGACAAAGAAAACUGCACAAGUCAACAUACAAGCAUUUUGGCACACACUUGGACGCAGACUGGAGAACAACAACCCAAAUGGCUCAGUCAGAGAAAGGACAUGAGGCCAAGCACACUGCAAAAUUAAUGGUGCAGGCUGAUUAUUUCCACUCUCUUGUGUUUGACAGAGAAACAGGAACAUCAGACACAGCUGGCAAAUCCGUCCUCUCCUGCUAUCAGCCAAGCUGUAAUGAAAAUGAGUUAAUUACUACAUAUGCAAUGGAUUAUGUUCCACCUCAUAAUACAACCAAGCAGGCAAUGCAAGCCAAGGAACUGAUGGACAGGACGCUGGAUUUCAGAAGACACCAGUCUCAGUUCACUGAUGUGGCAGAUCAUCGGCGGUGGGGCCGAAAUACCUGGCAGGACUUUAAUGAUGCGCAGGCUGUAGUCCAGGGAAUGGCAAACUCCCUGUAUAGAUAAAUAAAUCGUUCAUGCCCAUAAGCACAGCCUCUGUUCUCAUACCUUCUCUUACUUGUUUUGGAUUUGGUAGGGCAAUAUUUAAUAAAGUAUGUCCUGCUUAUGUUUUUCUUUUUAUGAUUUAUAACAUUCUAAUACCUGAAAAUUCUUAAAUUAUGGAAUAUAUGGAUAAUUCAGAGUCAUCUAAAUCACCCACCAUGUCCCAUCACACAUGCAAAACUUAUAUAAACACAGUAUAGGCCAGGUCAGUGCUGGAAUUUGCUCUCCUUGCCACUGGUGAAAUAAAUCUAUUCCU